CCGGCGUGGCGGCGGCGGCUGCGCGGGAAGAGCCGGGCGCGCGCGCGGGAAGCGGAGAGCCCGCCCCCGAGAUGGCGGUGUGCGAGGCUGGAACGGGGGAGACGGGGCUGACGGGGGAGACGGAGGGGCCGUCCCCGCGCGCCCUGCAGCGCCUGCAGGAAUCCACCCCCCAGGGAACUGCAGGGCUCCAGCUCAGCCCGGAGCGGGGCAGGCUGCAGCUGCAGGUGCUGCUCACACCACUCGCCAUUGCGGGCCGGCGGCUGCCCCAGAAGCGGCUUCUGGGGAGAGCAGGGGCACCAGCCAGCAAGAGGCUCUGCCUGGACUCCAGCCCACAGGAACCAGCCCCGGGUCCCCCGUCCACCAACGGCGUGGAUGACCUUUGGGAUGUGGACAGCGAUGGGAGCGACGGGAGCGAAGGGGCCGAGGAUCCUGUGGAUGGGAACUCGCAGUUGUCAGCCUAUGAACGGAAAAGACUGAAGAACCUUACAGAAAACGCUAAGUUCUUCGCUGCGUUAAAGCUCCACGAGACAGCUGCAAAACUUCAACAAAUCACAACUAAAAGCCAAUCCAACAUCACCAAAAGAGCUAAGCCUAAAAAGGCAAAAGAUGAAAUGGUACGGCGACGAUCGAUGCGCUUACAAAGAAUAGACCCCUCAGGAGUUCCCAUGCUGGAGGUGCCAGCCCAGCCAGAAGCGGAGGAAUACCCUCAAGUUCCAGCCGGACCGUUGCCGAUGAUUCCGGAAGAUGAGGUGGAGAGCAGUAAAUUGGCAGAGAACUUGCUAGCGAUGUGGAUGAGGAUAAGUGAGGGGAAAGCCAACAGCUCUGGAAAGUACACGCCAGACAUGAAAAGAUACCAAGACAGCCUGAGCCGCAUGGUCCUCAGCGAAGAGAACAUUAAAAAGGUGGUAAAGUCCCGAGUGUCUUCGAUGGCCAUCCACCCUUCGGAAAGCCUCCUUUUCGUGGCAGCUGGAGAUAAGUUCGGGCAGAUCGGUCUCUGGAAUGUGGACUGCAAGUCUGAAGAAGGAGCACACGUCUUUGUUCCACACAAUUUCCUGGUCAGCUGCAUGCAUUUUUCUCCAUUUAAUCCUGCUCACUUGCUGUCCCUGAGCGAUGACACGCUGCGAUGUGGUGAUGUUACCAGAGCUGUCUUCGAUGAGAUCUGCAGAGGGGAAGACUUCUCUUCCUUUGCCUUCCUGGAAGAUACUGCCUCCACUGUAAUAGUGGGACACUGGGAUGGUAAGGUGGCUGUUGUGGACAGACGCAUCCCAGGAACAUCUCCGGAGCUUUCUGCAGACAUAGGCUUCAAAAGAACGCGGACAGUCCAUGUCCAUCCCGUCAAUAAACAGUAUUUCCUUGCUGCUGGCUCAGUGGAUGUUUGCAUUUACGACGUGCGGUGCCUGAAGCCGACUGGGAACAAGCCUGUCAGCCGUCUCAAAGGACACACCAAAAGCGUUGCUUCCGCCUAUUUCUCCCCUGUGACUGGGAACAGAGUCGUGACAGUGUGUGCGGAUGACAUGCUGAGGGUCUACGACACCACUUCUCUGUUGCUGGACGCCGCCGUUCUCAGCACUGUCAGGCACAACAACAACACAGGGCGGUGGCUGACGAGGUUCCAAGCCGUUUGGGACCCCAAGCAGGAAGACUGCUUCGUGGUGGGCAGCAUGGCCCGGCCAAGGCAGAUAGAAGUCUUUCAAGACACUGGAAAAUUGUUGCACUCCUUUUCUAACCUUGACUGCCUCGGUUCUGUGUGUUCCAUUAACGUUGUCCACCCCACCAAGAACAUCUUAGUGGGCAGCAACUCCAGUGGCCGCCUUCACGUGUUCAAAGAGUAAAACACAUGGCUCCCAUAUUUUUUCCCCCCUUUUGCAUUAAAUGUAUUUCUGCUGGUUCCGGUUGUUCCCACGGCAGUUCUGUGAUCUCAGGGCAAAAGCCAAUUCUAAGUGUUAGAAAAUAAAUUCUAUAAAUUGUC